ACAGGGGUCUGCUUGGAGUGGCCCUGGGAGGCAGUGUGACACCAGGGUUGUCUCUCACUCAUGCUACUGCAGCCUUGCACAUGUACAAGCCCACAGCCUGGCAGUGAGGCCAAAGGGGCUUCUCAUGGGGUGCAAGGAGUGAGCUGGCUGUCCCCACUGUGAGCCUGGAGAUGUGGCACUGCAAAGUGGGACUGGGGAUGGUGCAGCUCUGCAUCACCAGCAGUGUUCAAAGCAUUACAAGACGCAACAAAAGGUUCCAUCCCUUGCUAUCUGGGUAUUUAAUUACAGCAUGAAGACCACAUUCAGCUCUGAUGUCAGGUCUCCCUGCUGAGCGUACAGCCUGGGGUGAGAGUCAGCUUCUGCAGACCCCACUGUGGGUCAGGGCCACUGCCAGCUGCUCUCCCAGCACCGGCAGAGAGGAAACAUAUGCUGAUGCAAGGAAGCAUCACCAGGGUUGGGGGACCUUGGCUGGGCUCCCCGCAGCUGGGCUGAGGCACCAGGCAAUCAUGGCUGCAAAUUGAGAGCAGAUGUGGGUAGCUUCUCCCCCUAAAUGGAGGGCACUGGGUGUCUGCUUCAGCUGGGCUUGCUUUGGGGGCAGGAAGAGGAGGUUUCUGAGUGCCUCUGGGAAUUAGUGACUACAGAGUGAUGGAGGAGCUGGUGUGGAGAGGAUCAGGUUUGAUGCAGAGGCUGACACAGAGCAGCAGCAAGGAGCCCAGCUCCUGUCCUUCCCAGAGCUGGGGUUGGCUGUCUGCAAGUUCUUCACCUGAGGGCUUUGCAUCAGAGGUGAGUGCAGCAGUGAGAACUGUCCCUUCCCAUAUGUUGAUGCCACAGUUGGCACCACGGACUGUCCCUGGUAUGACCGAGGCUUCUGCAGGCAUGUCUCAAGGCCGGGUUGAUGAUGCACAGCACAGAUCCAGCAAAGGAGCAGAGUGUCCUCAGAAGAUAGGCAUGGCUAGGACAUGCUGCCGGGGGGAGAGUGGAUGCAAAGAUGUGUCACCUGCAGAGCCCCUACUGCUCAUUACCAGCACCACCCAGUCCCUGGCAGUGCAGCCCAGGAACCCCAGCAACGGUUCCAUCAUCUUACAGUGCCCACCAAACCAGGCAUCUGCUUCAAGACAGAAAGGUCACUAUGUUGGCAAGUGUGGGAAGAAUCAAAUGGAAAUCCUGCUGAGGAAAUGAGCGUUCUCACAGGGAAAGCAGAAGGAAGACACAGGGAGAUGUACAACAUGAUGGAGCCAGACAGGCCACUAGGACAGCUGCUGGACUAGAAAAGCCUGUUGGCUAUGCUCAGCACUUGCUCUUACAGCUAUGUGCCUGAGCAGCAAAAGAGAAAUCGCAUCUUCCUUAAUGGAAUUCAAUAUUCCCACAGCAGUCACUGCCUCCGUCCCCUCCUGCACAGCUGGAAUGUGGCUACGCUUGGACUGGUGCAGCAGGGAGAUGGCACUAGGAGAUUACCAGCCCACAAAUCUGAAGCUAAGGGUGGAAAUGGCU